GGAUGUCAUAUUUGGGAGUACUUUGUUCCACACUUGUAGAACGGUCCUGAAGUAUUGGCUGAGCAUUGCAGUGCUCAGGGUGCAAGGAUUUUGUUUCUACCAGUCUGAUAGCAUACAUGGCUACUGACAGCAAUGCUCUUCAGGUUCCCUUGCGUCAGAAGCCGAGGAAGAAAACUCAAGGUUUUUUCACCAUGAGUCGGAGGAGGAUAUCAUGUAAAGAUCUGGGACAUGCUGACUGCCAAGGGUGGCUGUAUAAGAAAAAGGAAAAGGGAACUUUCUUAAGCAACAAAUGGAAAAAGUUCUGGGUGGUGCUGAAGGGGUCCUCGCUGUACUGGUACAGCAGUCAAAUGGCAGAGAAAGCUGACGGAUUUGUGAACCUGCCCGAUUUCACUGUGGAAAGAGCCUCUGAAUGCAAGAAAAAGCAUGCAUUUAAGAUCAACCAUCCACAGAUCAAGACCUUCUAUUUUGCAGCUGAGAAUUUGCAGGAAAUGAACGUGUGGUUAAAUAAGCUUGGUAUAGCUGUGAUCCAUCAUGAAUCCACUACAAAGGAUGAAGAAUGCUACAGCGAAAGCGAACAGGAGGAUCCCGAUGUGGCCACGGAGACUCCGCCCCCUCCCUACUCCACUGCUUCUUCUCCUUUGGCCUCACAGCGGGCGUCUUCAUCCUCACCCCAACUGAGAGAAACGUCCUGUGCUUUCUCUUCCCUGGAGAAUACAAUAAAGACGCCCAGCAGCGGUCUGUCCUCGGGAUCUAAAGAAAGACAGUCCUGGCUGGAUCUGGUGAACAGCUCGCCUGCUGCUGGAGACGUGGGGCACGCCCUGGCCUUUGCCAUGCAGGUCCACGCACCUGCGCCCUCGGAGGCUCCCAGUUGCCAGGCCCCGGACACCAGCUUCGUCACAUCUGAAAGUGGGUUUUUGAACUCUUUGUCUAGUGAUGACACUUCUUCAUUGAGUAGCAAUCAAGAUCAUCUCACUGUACCCGACAAGCCUGCUGGAUCAAGGGUGAUGGACAGAGAAGAAACAAAAGCACCUGAGGAUGAUGAAAUGGAGAAACUUUACAAAUCAUUAGAGCAAGCGAGUCUGUCUCCUCUUGGGGACCGCCGGCCUUCGACCAAAAAGGAGUUGAGAAAGUCCUUUGUUAAACGGUGCAAGAACCCAUCCAUCAAUGAGAAACUUCACAAAAUUCGAACCUUGAAUAGCACAUUAAAGUGUAAAGAACAUGAUCUGGCCAUGAUCAACCAAUUGCUGGAUGAUCCGAAACUGACAGCCCGGAAGUACAGAGAGUGGAAGGUCAUGAACACCCUCCUGAUCCAGGACAUCUAUCAGCAGCAGCAGGCCCCAGCUGCAUCUGAAGGUGCCCCACAGGAACUCAAGAAGCCCCCUUCGCCUGCCUGUCUUGAAAAUUCUAUCUGAGAAAAAGUCAGAACUCUCUCCUGUUGUAUUUUACUGCAAGCAACUUUGCAAGAUGUUGCUGGAGCUUGUUUCCCCUUGAAGGGAAAACUGAAGUUCCCCUCUGCAGCUUAGCUGAAGACAGUCACCGGAUGCAGCAGGACUCCUGGUUCCCCAUGGCGUCUCACCGUUGUCAAGACUGGAGUGACUGAGUCCAGCUGAGCUGACAUGAUUUUGUGUCCCUACUGGGAGCUUGUAGAGAUGGGAGACUCCAGGAGGGAUGUGAGAAAUCUGUCCUGUGUCCCUUGCUCUAGAAAGAAUCACAAUGUACCAUGCACAAAAGAUCCAAUUUCACUAGAGAUAAUGAGUCGUAGAAGUAUCAUUUUUUCCUGCAAAGAAGCAUGCGCACUCUCUACCUUCACAGCCCACACCCUUCUCCAAAGUAUUCUUUGAAUGGAGGAGUGCUUUGUAUAGUGGCAACUGGAACAGGUCACAGUGGUAUUAUGGAACAAAAAUUCCUUGCCAUUGGUAUAGAAAGGUGGUGCUUUUUCCAUUUUGUUGAGAAAUACUUUAUAAGAGAGUGGUGUGGAGGAGGGCCCAAGGAGGGGUUGUACACUGUGUUCCAUUCGCUCAGAGGACAGCGUGGUAUUUUCACAUUCACCCAGAUUGGGGGAUGUCAAAUGUGAUUAACGUGUCUUUUUCUCACAGCAGUUAGCAAAAAACUACUCCUCAUAGUUAGAGAUGGCUGCUCCUCCCUGGCUUCCCUACAUGACCAUAGGGGGUACUAACAGACCCAGCAAGGAAUGUCCUACUCUUUUGUCCUUGGCUUGGUCCCCACAAACGGUAUGGAUUUAUAUCCAGUUUUCCUGGGAUCAAUAUUGCAAAAAUGAUUCUGGCAUCUGAAUUGUUUCAGUGUCUAUACUGGAAGUGGGGGAAUUAGAAACUAAAGAGUUCAACAUGAUUGUUUUAUUUUUGUAAGCUCAUGUGUCACUGUGUGAACAGUGUGAAUAGCCAUCUAUGAUUUUUAUUUAAAUAUAUUUAUAGAGGUUCAAAUUGCUAGUGUUUUAAAAGAUGAUAUAACUAUUCUAUGUUUUGUUCAUAUAUAUUCUGAAAGUAUAUACUUUUUGCUUGAGAAAACUAAAGGAUACUAUUGAUUUAUUGGCAUUAGGUUGCACUAUAAUGUACAAGGAAUGCUCAGGAAAUCUUGUGAGAAAACUCUGGGGGCAUGUAUUGUUAAUUUUUCAUUUUCUGGGAUAUCUCUUUCUGUCUCUGUUUCUCUUUAGAAUUCUUAAAUUUUUGUGUUCAUUGUGAAUCUUUCCCUUAACUUUCAUCUUAGGUGAUCCCUUCUAUUAAAUAAACUUUAAGUUUAUGCUGUUUAUGUCCAUAAACCCUAGGCCAAAUGAAACACAACUAAUAUAAUAUUUUGACUAAAUAUAAUAGAAAUGUGGGGUUUGUUGCUAAAGAACUCAACAGAGAAACAAUAUGAAAUUGUUCACUAAUCACAAUGAAGAUUUCUCACUGUAAUAAUAACCAUAACCUUCUAGAACCUUACCUGCCACUAGCAAAUUGUUGGUAUAACGUUUCAUUUUAUUGCAUCAAAGUGUGGCUUGACAUUUAAAUGCAGAUAACCACCUGAAUUGUGUCUGCAACCCUAAAUGGAAAUAGUUGUUAAAUAUUUCCCCCAAAUUUCCUAAGAGGUCUUCAUAUUCUAUGAACAACAACAAAAAAUGACCUUAACAUUAAGAAAGAACCAAACACAAAACAGGAAGCAAGUUGAAGUACCGGAAACUUCUCUAAGACAAGGCACCCUGUCUGUUGGUUUAGCUCAGCAAAGGCUUAGGCAGUCCUGUACCUAAUGAAGCAUAGAGAUCUGCCUGAAUGACAGGUCCCCCAGGUCCUGGGGUGGGAUGGUGUUCUGGUUUGAGAGUCUGGUGCUUUAACCUCUUUAUUCUGGCAAUGAUCAUUGGUUCUUUCUGUGAUUAGCAGGUUUUAGAAGGUAGCAGUGUUUUGCAGUUCAAUGGUUUAGAAUUCACAAUGUAAACCAAGUGUGAAGGGAAGCAGAAAUAAUACAAGGGAGGAAAUCAUAGUACGACACAGUAUUUUUCCACUUCUUUGAUGUUUUGGUUUUUCACAGUUCUUUUUUUUUCUAUUUUUUAUUGGUGCAUUAAAAUUAUAUAGAAUAGUGGGAUUCAUUGUUACAUAUUUGUACAUGCAUACAAUAUAACAAUAUAAUUUGGUCAAUUUUGAUCCCUAGAACCUCUCCACCAAUUAUCCCUUUCUUCGACUCUACUGGUUUUUCUUUCUUGUGAUUUUAAAUUUUUAGUGCACUGUAGUUAUACAUAAUAGUGGGGUUAAUUUUGACAUAUUCAUAAAUGAAUUUAACAUAGUUUUCUUCAUUUCAAUACCCAGU